GCAUUCCAGACCUAGUCCGUCGACGCAAUAUAUCCAGUCCGGGUCCAAUUUUGGGAGCAACGAACCCAACCUCGACUCGAACCCUAUACAUCUUGGGCUUGACCUGCCCUCGGGUGUCUUGUAUCUAGUUCCGAUUGCACUUCCGAGGUACAGUUACGCCAUCCGAACCAGACUUGGCCCUAGGCACCCUGAUCCCGAACUUUGAUUCCGGGGGCCUGGUCCCACCGUGGCUACCGGACGUCUCAGAUACAGUCCUACCCCCACCAUCGGAUGUCUCAAAAAAUCAAAACAAAUAAGAUUCGAGUCUGAAAAACUAAAAACAGAAAACGUCUCAACUCUCUCAUCCGCCGCGCUCUCCGCCAACACGACCCUCUGGUUUAGAAUUGGAGAUCCCUGGUUCAAUAGCCAAUAGGUUAUCCGUUAAACACAAAAGUCUAUAAAACCAUAAACAAAAUCACCUGAGCCAACUGCACCACACCAAGACCAAAACAACAGAAGCAAUGGGCGGGAAUUACCGUUUGAGACAGUUACACAGUAGCUGCUCCAUUCCGACCAUCAAUUUCCAAUCAGCGAAACCCAAAAACUCAUACUCUUCAAAGAAAACAUCAACGUCCCAAAACAACAAAAAACUGCAAAACUUCAGCACCACAGACUCUGACAUUGUAAAAUGGAACAUUGCCAUAACCACCCACAUGCGAAAUGGCCUAUGCGAAUCCGCUCUUCGAGUGUUUAACUCCAUGUCUCGAAGAAGCUCGGUAUCGUACAAUGCAAUGAUUUCUGGGUACCUACGGAAUCACAAGUUUGAUCUUGCGAGGGACUUGUUUGAUAAAAUGCCUGAGAGAGAUUUGUUUUCUUGGAAUGUGAUGUUAACUGGGUAUGUCAGGAAUAGAGAUCUUAAAACCGCGCGUGCUUUGUUUGAGAGGAUGCCGGAAAGGGAUAUUGUUUCUUGGAAUGCCAUGUUAUCUGGGUAUGCGCAGAAUGGGUUUGUUGACGAGGCAAGAGAGAUUUUUGAUAAGAUGCCGCUUAAGAAUGGGAUUUCGUGGAAUGGGUUGCUUGCAGCAUAUGUGCAGAAUGGGAGGAUAGAGGAUGCAAAGAGGUUGUUUGAGUCGAAGAUGGAUUGGACGCUUGUUUCUUGGAAUUGUUUGAUGGGUGGGUUUGUGAGGAAGAGGAGGUUAUUGGAUGCUAGGAGUGUUUUUGAUAGGAUGCCUAAGAGAGAUGAGAUUUCGUGGAAUACUAUUAUUACUGGUUAUGCACAGAAUGGAGAGAUGGAAGAGGCACGAAGAUUGUUUGAGGAGUCUCCAGUUCAGGAUGUGUUUACAUGGACAGCUAUGGUUUCUGGAUAUGUGCAAAAUGGGAAACUGGAUGAAGCAAGAAGUAUUUUUGAUAGGAUGCCUGAGAAGAACUCAGUUUCUUGGAAUGCAAUGAUUGCAGGGUAUGUGCAAUGUAAACGAAUGGACAUGGCAAGAGAAUUGUUUGAGGAAAUGCCUUCUAGGGAUGCUAGUUCUUGGAAUACGAUGAUUACUGGAUAUGCUCAGAGUGGAUAUAUUGCUCAUGCUAGGAACUUAUUUGAUAACAUGCCUCAACGUGAUUCUAUUUCCUGGUCAGCUAUGAUUGCUGGCUACUCUCAAAACGGUUGCAGUGAAGAGGCUUUACAUUUUUUUGUAGAAAUGCAAAGAGAUUGUGAAAGGUUGAAUAGAUCAUCAUUUACCUGUGCUUUUAGCACGUGUUCCAACAUUGCAGCUUUGGAAUUGGGGAAGCAGUUGCAUUGCCGGCUGGUCAAGGCUGGGUACCAGACUGGGUGGUACGUGGGGAAUGCUCUUCUUGCGAUGUAUUGUAAGUGUGGAAGCAUAGACGAAGCACGAGAUGCAUUCCAAGAAAUACUAGAAAAGGAUGUGGUGUCUUGGAACACAAUGAUUCAUGGUUAUGCAAGGCAUGGUUUUGGGGAAGAGGCUCUGACAGUUUUUGAGUUAAUGAAGACUACAGGAAUCAGGCCAGAUGAUGCCACUAUGGUUUCUGUAUUGGCUGCUUGUAGUCAUGCUGGCUUGGUAGACCAGGGCAGUGAAUAUUUCUACUCGAUGAAUCGUGAUUAUGGUAUAACUGCAAAAUUAGUGCACUAUACCUGUAUGGUUGAUCUUCUAGGUCGAGCAGGGCAACUAGAAGAGGCCCAGAAUUUGAUGAAAAACAUGCCUUUUGAACCAGAUGCUGCAACCUGGGGUGCUUUGCUUGGUGCAAGCAGAAUUCAUGGCAAUACAGAAUUGGGUGAAAAGGCUGCUCAGAUCAUCUUUGAAAUGGAGCCUCAUAAUUCAGGAAUGUAUAUACUUCUCUCAAAAUUAUAUGCAGCUUCAGGAAGAUGGUCUGAUGCUGGUAAGAUGAGAUUAGAAAUGAGGAAUAAAGGUGUGAAGAAAGUACCUGGGUACAGUUGGCUUGAAGUUCAAAAUAAAAUUCACACAUUUAAAGUUGGGGACACUUCACACCCGCAUACGGAUAAGAUAUAUACCUUUUUAGAAGAGAUGGAUUUGAAACUGAAGCAGGAGGGAUAUAUCUCCUCUACAAAGUUGGUCUUUCAUGAUGUGGAAGAGGAAGAGAAGGUGCAUAUGCUCAAGUAUCACAGUGAGAAAUUAGCUGUGGCAUAUGGCAUUCUGUACAUUCCUGCUGGGAGACCGAUCCGUGUGAUAAAAAACUUGCGGGUGUGUGAAGAUUGUCAUAAUGCCAUUAAGUACAUAUCAAAGAUUGUGGGAAGAUUGAUCAUCUUAAGGGAUAACCAUCGCUUUCACUACUUCGAGGGAGGAUCAUGUUCCUGUAGAGAUUUUUGGUGAUCUAGCUGAUAUACUCAGUAUGUUGACUUUUCCUGUAUCUGAAUAAUUGAAUUUGUUGACUCUUGUAAGAAAAGGAUAGAGGUCCGCACCUGCUGCUGUGUGAAAAGAGGGCUGUUGAAGGUAUCCAGAAAUGGGAUUACUUUUGAUUUUUUGAGAAAAGAUAUCCUGGAUUCCUUGAAAAAUUUAGAAAAUAGUUACAGAGUUCCAGUACUUCCGAACAAGUUUCUAGUUGAUUGGUAGUGGGAGCCUGGGAGGUUGUGUGUUUAGUAUAGCUUCUUCAUGAAAUGUAACAGAGUUUCUCGCAUCUAAGAGAUCAUAAACCUCAGGGACCUUGUACAGUACUUACCAUGAACCGGAAUAUGUAGUGAAAACAUCCAGAAUUCUCUUGUUUUGCUUAUUGAUAGGCAGGACAAGAAGUCAUUCAGAAUUCUUUUUGAGAAGAAGGGGAUGAUGAGAAUUAUCUUGCAACAUCAGGAUCCAUUAUAUUUGAUGAUUGGAUCAAUUUCAAGGGCAAGAGUCAAGAAUAUCAAAAAACAUUCAAUGGGCUGAUUCAAGAUGUUUCGGGAGAGCAAGCUUCAUGAAUUACUUUUAAUGUGGCAUGAAUUAAGUUUCAAGAAGGAUCAAGCAUCAAUGUGACCAAGCAAGAGAUGAGGCUGCUUAACAUGUACUAAAGCUUGAUUACACAACUUUAUAUUAAUGAUCAUAACUUUAAAUAUAAUUAUUGGAUUGGAUCAA